AUGUCUGGCCACAACCCCAGGGGAAAUCGCUUUCAAGCGUAUAUCCCGAUGCAGCGAGAGGAUUCACUGAAGAAGAAGGCCGCCGGCCCUGAGACUGGCAUGGCCGACCAAGCAGAGAAACGACCACCCACUGCGAUCCGAUCAUCAGGAAUCCCAGAUUUCAGCCACCUACCAGCCCCUUGGGCUCAGAAUUGCCAGGAACUAUGGGACCAGGGAGCGCAGACUGUCCAGCGGCCUGACGGAACACACGACAACUGGGAUGUGGUCGACUGGCUGCUCACCAGGAAGGGAGGCGCGGCCGCGAAUUGGCCAACCCUGGACGAAGGCCAGAAGGCGAUCGAGGCUAUGCGGGAGGAACCAUUCGACCUGGUCAGGAUUCGGGAGGAAAUGGAACAGGAGCAGAUGGAGCUUGAAAGGAAGGAGAAGAGACGACUGGCUAACAAGAUGCGUUCCCGCCCAAGGGGUGAGUGGGACAAGGCAGGGAAUGGCAAGACUGAUGGUAAAGAGGGCUUGAACUGUCAGGUCCAAGGCCGUUCCGGGGGUGAGAGCAAUGAGCCCAAGGAAACUGAUGGAGAUGGAAAACUCAACAAUCAAACAAACGGCAACGGAGAACGCAAAGAUGGGGCCAAUGGCGACGAAAAACUCAACGGCCAAGCAAAUGGCAAUCAUUAA